AUGCAUGGUGUGGUGCAAACUGUAAAAAUGGCUCCUCAACUUUCUGAAACAUUGCAACCUGAGGAAGAGAAGCAAGAUGAAACGGAGAUCAAAAAGAUGGAUAUCACUUCUCAAGUGUUACCUUUUCAUAAGCUUUUGAGCUAUGCCGAUGCAUUGGAUUGGACCCUGAUGGCUCUCGGUACCUUGGGAUCCAUUGUCCAUGGCCUUGCUCAGCCCGUUGGCUAUCUGCUGCUCGGCAAAGCCCUCGAUGCAUAUGGUAAGCACAUCGGUCACACGGAUUCCAUGGUAAAUGCUCUGUACAAGGUUGUCCCAUUUGUGUGGUACAUGGCCAUUGCCACAUUCCCUGCUGGAAUACUAGAGGUUGGGUGCUGGAUGUAUUCAAGUGAGAGACAAGUGGCACGAUUGAGAUUGGCAUUCCUGAGAUCAGUUCUUAACCAGGAGGUUGGGGCUUUCGACACAGAUUUAACUGGUGGAAAAAUCAUCAGCUGCAUAAGUAACCACAUGAGUGUCAUACAAGAUGCUAUCGGGGAGAAGACAAUUUCUCAAAUCAAAACGGUGUUUGCAUUUGUCGGUGAGAGUUCAGCAAUCAGGUCUUUCUCAAAAUGCAUGGAGAGACAAUUAAUGAUAAGCAAUGGAGAAGCAUUGAUAAAGGGAAUUGGAACUGGUACGUUCCAAACUGUGACCUUCUGUUCUUGGUCUCUGAUCGUAUGGGUUGGAGCUGUGAUUGUUGUAGCCAAUAGAUCAACUGGAGGAGAGGUCAUAGCUGCAGUUAUGAGCAUUCUUUUUGGAGCUAUAUCGCUCACUUAUGCUGCACCAGACAUGCAAAUCUUCAAUCAGGCAAAAGCUGCAGGGAUGGAAGUUUUUCAGGUGAUCACAAGAAAACCAAAAAUAAGUUAUGAAUCAGAAGGGAAGGUGCUUGAGGUGGUUGAUGGCAACAUCGACAUUCGUGAUGUACACUUUGCUUACCCAUCCCGGCAAGAAAAAAUUAUCCUCCAAGGGUUUUCAUUGUCAAUCCCAGCAGGAAAGGUGGUGGCUUUAGUAGGUAGUAGUGGCUGUGGGAAGAGUACCAUCCUCUCCCUCGUGACAAGAUUCUAUGAUCCCACAAAAGGUUUGCAGUUCAUUCCCAGCUAUCUAAGGACCUCACCAUUUUAUGGGAACAAAUCGCUAGAUUCACAUGUUCUGCAUAUGGAUGACAAAAGAAGCACAUCUACACACAACAUCUACGUAAAUAUUUCACCUGUAUACUUGGGAAAAUGCAUGAAUGCAUGAGAUAUGAGCUGCAAAUUAUGUUUU